AUGAAUGACGACGAAGCGGAUCCACGCAAUUGUCGAACCUGCAAUGUAUUAACCACCCGCUACUUAUCGCUAUACGAGCCCUACACCCAUGCCGGCGAACUGACAACGCUAGCAGCGCUGCUGAGCAACUGCGCCAACUUGGAGAUUUUACAAUCGGAGCGCUUUCUGCCCAGGCACAUGUGCGAGCAAUGUGUGGAGCUACUACUGCAGUUCUGCGACUUCCAACGCAUGGUAUUGCGCACAGAUUUCAAGCUACGCAAACGUCAUGCCCAUACCCAGAGAAAAGUGAAUGCGCCGCAGUUGUCCAAGUGUUUGACAGAGCAGCAAAUAGAGGAGGAUGCGGCUGCCACUGCGGAUGAAUAUGUGUAUGUGCUGGAGGAGACCGUCGACAGCAUAGUGUCCGAGCAGCGUCUCGAUAGCGCGUCGCCCAAAGUGGAACUGUUUGAGGUUGACUUUGAGCCCGAAGAGAAGUAUGUAGAGAAACAGCACGAACAAGAGGAGGAAGAAACUUCAAUAGCAACAGUGAAGACAGAGGAAAGCAAUGUCAAACAACGUUCCCAGCAUCGACGCAAAUCCUAUAAUCCCGCUCUACAAUGCCCGAUGUGCAGCAUGCAGCUGAGCACGAGUAACUCCUUUAAAUAUCACAUGCAAUUGCAUGGCGAGGAUCGUCCCUAUGUGUGCAACAUUUGCGGCGAUUCAUUCAAGACACGCAACGCGUACGAUGGCCAUGCAAGGCUUUACAAUCCCAACAAUCCCAACAAAUGUCGCACGUGCGGUAAAACGUAUCGUCAGGCCUCUUCGCUGCGUUCCCAUCUCUUGAGCUACACCGGUGUCAAGCCCUUCACUUGCGACAUAUGCGGAAAGGGUUUAACACAGAAGUCCGGCUACAAGAAGCACAUGCUGGCGCACACGUGCGAAAAGCCGCACACCUGCGACAGCUGUGGACGCAGCUUCCGCUACUCCAGCAAUUUGAUUGCCCACAAACGUUCGCAUUCCCGCAAAUUUCUCCAUGGCCUCAUUGUCUCGUGGAACCUGAGCCCCACUGUGGCAUUGGAAUAUCUGUUAACGUACCAGAUACACGUGGCAUUCCACAUCACCAAAAACGGGAUCUAG